GUUUUAUUGUCGGAUGAAAAGCUGUAAAUGCGAGUUGAAGGUCCGGUCUUUUACUUCUCAUCAGUGGCUGCACACAGUUUACCGGUUGCUAAGCAACGAACAAAUGGAGACAGCGGGCGCUGGUCGUCUGGGUCACAGCUCUGUACGCUGAACGUGGGGCCAAGUGUACGACUUUCUGUCGCCUUCCCCAGUGAGAACUACUUCGGUGUGUUGACAAAGAUCUGUCUUUUGUGAGAUUGUUUUGUUUCCUCAGUUGGAUCUGCGGCGCGCACACGUUCAUCGAGGACCGAGUCCGACCCAGAGCUGAGGUUGGGGGGGCAGUCAAAUGCAUAUACGAUCAAAGGUUGAUUGGGGGGUUAAAAAUGAUCAAAAGGUUCAAUGUAAUUUGAAAGAUCAAAGGAUUAGUGUAGAUAACGGCAAAUGGACAUUAAAUGCAUUUAAAGAAGCAGCUGUGGAAUGAUUCUACACACACCGAAUAAACGACGACCGAGACACAAGUGAAAUGAAGAAGAGUGAGAAGACCAAAGGGGUGGUCCGCUCCAGCUCCCCCCCGCAGCAUGACCAAAUAGCGGAGAUGCAGCGUAAAAUUCAACUUCUGGAGGGCGACAGAACCACGUUCUACGAGAGUUCUCAGUCCAACAUGAAGAAGAACACGGAGUUCAUCCACCAGCUGAGGCUGGAGAACAAGAGGCUGUACAAACAGCUGGCAGAGGGUGAUGAACACAUCAUCAAGGCCUUUCAUAACAAAGGCUUGGAGAAGGAGUCCUACCGCAACAUGUCCAGGAAGACGGCCCUGACGACACUGGACCAGAAGCUGCUGUCCAAGAGGAAGCGCCUCAACGCCUUCAAACACACCACCCAGACGUGCCAGCGGCGCCUCGAGGAGCUGACGAUGGAGUACCAUAGGAUGAAGCCCGAGGGCACCGGCGGAGCACAGUCCACCGAUGCCAUGUACUUGCGGGCGCUCGAGAACAGCCUGGAGAAGACGCAGUUUAAGUACAAGGAGGCUGAGAACAUCAUGCUUAACUACCAAGAGCUCAAAUCUUACCUGCAGGAGGAGAGUCUCACUUACCCCGGCAAGUUGGACAGUCUGGAAGCAGAAGUCCUGAAGCACGGAGAGGAGCUCUACAGCCUGCAGGCCAUGAACAACGAUGCCCAGCUCUCCAAAGAGGCUGCCAAGGCCGAGCUACACCACCUGGAGGAGCUGCUCUCCAAGGAGCGCAAAGAGAGAGACCGCAUUAUCGCCAGCUCCAGGAAAAAGAUCGAGGAGAGCAAGGCCCAGGCAGAAAAAGUUGAUAGAAGGACACAGAGAGCACCCGUACAGCCAGACGAAGUGAGCAGUGAGGUCCACCGCGGCACCACCCGGAUGGCCGUCGAGGAGGAGGAGAAAGCCAUCUUCACUUUUGAGGAGGCCUUCCGACGCAUCAAGGAGGCCACCGGAGUCACAGAUAUACAGGAGAUCGUGGAGUGCUUUAUCUCACAGAAGGAGAGACACGUGCAUCUGGAGAAUCUGAAGGGAGAGAAUGAGCAAGUCCUGCAGCAGCUGAAGGAGCAGAAGCAGCUCCUGAACCAACAGUUCCAGGACAUGAAAUAUUCUGGAGAGGCCAAACUCUCCGGUGACCAACAGAUGCUGGAGGACUGUGAGCAGCAACUGCAGACUCAGCAGCAGAGGUGCGACACGGCUAAAGAGACCCUGGACUGGCUCCUUAAGACUCUCAGCACUAUUCGAGGCGGAGUGAAGCACCUGGCAGAAAAACUUCAACACAUCACACUGUGCGAGGACGCAGUGGCGGAGGAGGUGUCCCCGGACUCCGACGAGUUUGUUCUGGAGCUGAUGACCGAGUGCGAGCUCAAGCUGCAGCUGCUGCAGGAGGAGCUUCGAGGGAAAGACCUGGCCGCCAUCAUGAAGGAGAUGGAGGAGGAGGAGUUCUACGUCAGUAUUGAGGAGAAACUGCCGCCUUACAACACCCGAGUCAAGCUCCCCGAAGACCAGAAAGACCAAAGACCUCUGGAUCUCUCCAACAACGAGGACGAGAGCGAAGAAGACGAUGACGCUGACAUCAUCUCCCGGGAGGCGGUGAAGAAUCAGUCUCAGAUGAUCGUUGACUUGUCCAAGUCCAAGAAGAAGCCCUGGAACAAGAAGAAGGGCAAAUUCUGAUCCAAGACCACAAGCUUCAAGGCUCAAGAAGAACUCCCUGAAUUCCCUGAAACAAGAACAGAUUGAAGUGAAUGAAGAGUUUUAAGUUGAGGCCAAAGGACGUGUCAGAGCACUCUCCCAGGUUUCCCAUCGCUAUUUUAACUCAUUCAAAUUUCAUUUGGCACAAAGUAUCUUGGAUUUUGAACGGGGAUUUUUUGACUGAAAAUAUCAAUAUUUGUUUUUACUUCUGAAAGAUGAGCACAAUUUAACAGUUCUUUUGGGGUUUUUUUGCCUUUGAAACUGACUUGCUGUUGCAUAAGUGGAUUUAUUGUGACGACAGUAAUGUUCUCUGUCUGUUGUGCCAUCACCCAUCUCUCCACGUCUUCUUUCACAGCCCAGAAUUCCACACUGCAGCCUCAUGGAAAUAAAAUCAAUACAUCGUCCAAAACAA